AGGCCCGGCGCGGCGGGAAGGGCCGCCGGGGCCUUGCGCCAGCGAACACGGCCCGGCGGAACCGGUCGCACUGCGUUUGUAUCGGCAGGUGUUUCCCUACGGAGACCCUGUCUUCCAGAAAACCUUUUUGUCCAAGAGAAAUGGAGACAAUCAGACUAGUAUUUCUUCUAACAUGGUUACCCCAGUGUGGCUACUCCUGGACUUUGCCCAGGGCCCUUUCUGCUGAGGUGGAGCUGAAGAAGCUCACAGCUGUGCAAUAAACCAUUUGUAAAUACCCAGAAAUGAGGGUCCUUACAGAUGGCACUGACAUGUACCAGGCUUGCAUGAAAACCCUUGUAUCAUCUGUGGAAAAGAGAAAAGGAAGAUAGCAAUGGUCACUUGAACUCCAAACUGAGCAAACAUGAGUGCACUUGAUUUGACUUCCAUCCUCGAUUUUCUGGAGACGGCCAACUUGACAGAGAUCAACUGGACGUGCAACAACAGUGACUGCAUCACGGUUGAUGCAACAACAUGCCCUGGCACGCUCAACAAAAGUGCCCUGCUAUACACCCUGUCCUUCUUCUACAUUUUCAUCUUUGUCAUAGGGCUGGUGGCCAACUCAGUUGUGGUAUGGGUCAAUCUCCAAGCCAAAACGACUGGCUAUGAAACCCACCUCUACAUCUUUAAUUUGGCUAUUGCCGAUCUGUGUGUCGUCAUCACCCUUCCAGUGUGGGUCGUCUCCCUUGUCCAGCAUAACCAGUGGCAUAUGGGAGAAAUCACGUGCAAGAUAACUCACCUUAUAUUUUCCAUCAAUUUAUACAGCAGCAUCUUCUUCCUGGCAUGCAUGAGUGUGGACCGCUACCUCUCAGUUGCCUAUUUUACCAAUUCCAGCAAUCGCAAGAAGAAGAUAAUUCGUCGCUGCAUCUGUAUCUUGGUAUGGCUCCUUGCCUUCUCUGCAUCUCUCCCAGAUACCUAUUACCUCAAGACUGUCUCUUCGAACAACGAAACCUAUUGCCGCCCUGUCUACCCAGAGGAGAGCUUCAAAGAGUGGUUAAUUGGCAUGGAGCUCAUCUCCGUCGUGCUGGGCUUUCUUAUCCCUUUUCCUGUGAUUGCUCUCUUUUAUUUCCUCCUUGUGAAGACCAUUUCUGCCUCCAGUGACCAAGAGAGGAAGAGCAAUGGGAAGAUCAUUUUCUCCUAUGUUGUUGUGUUUCUUGUCUGCUGGUUACCUUACCAUGUAGCUGUCCUGCUUGACAUCUUCUAUAGCCUCCAUUUCAUACCUUUCAGUUGUCAGAUGGAGAACUUCUUGUAUGCCACUCUUCACGUCACUCAGUGUUUCUCUCUAGUCCAUUGCUGCGUCAACCCCAUCCUGUACAGCUUCAUUAACCGCAACUACAGAUAUGAGCUCAUGAAAGCCUUUAUUUUCAAGUACUCUGCCAAAACUGGUCUCACUAAACUUAUCGAUGCUUCCAGAGUGUCAGAGGCAGAAUACUCUGCUCUGGAGCAAAAUGCAAAAUAACUGCAACCCCAUGAGGAAACCUCCUUGACUCUUUGAUUUUUUCUCUUUUUUUUGUGUGUGGUGAUGUGUUGUUUUUUUUUUAUCUCUCCUUUUCCCUGUGUUUGUUACGAACGGGGCAUGAAUUCCAGCCUACAAAAGAGAAAUAGCAAGCUGUAAUUUAAGAGUAGAAUCAGGUGCAAAGUGGAAGUGGUACCAAAAUUAAGCUUUUCGGUGGUGUGUUUUGUUUGAUCUCCUCCUACCCCAGUCUGGACUUUUCGACAAUGCUAUGCAAAUGGAAAUGACUUUCUAGCAGACAAAGCCAUUGUGUACCAUAGAUAACAUGCAUUUCCAGGAUAAGCUUUUUCUUCCACGUGUAGAUUAUCUCUGUCUCCUUGUAUAUGUUAUAUAUAUAGUAUGUUGUAUUUAAAAGCUCGAGACUUUAUUUUCUGGCUCUUGGUGUACCUUAUACAAUUGUAUUUGAAAGUUAAAUAUAUUUUUAUCAUGUAUUUGAAGUAUAUUGCUGAUGAGUGUAUCCAGAGUGCUGUAGCCUGAGUGUUAGGUUGCUGUUUGGUUUAAACUAUCAUAGGUAAGAGGAUGCUGAUAAUUAGCAGUAUGGAAAUGAUCUCUUAGGUGCAUCCUCCCUGGCUAGAACACUUUAUAAACCGUAGCUUUACGUGGUGGUCAUACCCACAUGUCUGGAGCGUGAAAUGGAUGUUCUGUAAUACAGUUAUCAUCAUGUUAAUAUUAACAGUAUUGUAAGAGUUGUUAACUCCUACGCCCACACUUCACAAAGCUGUAUCCUUAUGCACAGAAUGAAUGAUCCUACUUCUGAGAGUUGUCUCUAUUUGUAAGUUAUUUUUGUAAAAUAAAGAUCCGGAGAAAAAGAAAAAUCUGU